AUAAAAGGCUGGUUGGAAACCCGUCUUGUUGUGGUGGAGAGAACGUAACUCAAGUCAUUGAGACACUUCUAUCAGAGGAUUCAAAUCCAAAACCGCAGCCAUGAAGCUUCUUACCUCCUUGAUGGGACUGGCCAGUCUGGCGUCUCUCGCCGCCGCCCAAAUCCACGGCUUUGACAUCUCGGGCUGGCAGCCGACCACCGACUUUGCCAGGGCCUAUGCCAACGGAGAUCGUUUUGUCUACAUCAAGGCCACCGAGGGCACGACCUUCAGGAGCUCCGCCUUCAGCCGCCAAUACACCGGCGCGACCCAAAACGGCUUCAUCCGCGGCGCCUACCACUUCGCCCACCCCCACGUCUCCACCGGCGCCGCCCAGGCGACCUUCUUCGCCCAAAACGGCGGCGGCUGGUCCCGCGACGGCAUCACCCUCCCCGGCGUGCUCGACAUCGAGUACAACCCCAACGGCGCCACCUGCUACGGCCUCUCCCACGCCGCCAUGAUCAACUGGAUCGAGGACUUCGUCGCCACCUACCAGCGCCUCACCUCCCGCUGGCCCGUCAUCUACACCACCACCGACUGGUGGACCCAGUGCACCGGCAACUCCAACCGCUUCGCCAACCGCUGCCCGCUGUGGGUCGCCCGCUACGCUAGCUCCGUCGGCACCCUGCCCAAUGGCUGGGGCUUCUACACCUUUUGGCAGUAUAACGACCGGUAUCCCCAGGGCGGCGACUCGAACUGGUUCAACGGCGAUGCGUCCCGUCUUAGGGCUCUCGCUCUCGGAUAGGCCUGCACUCGGAGAUUAAGCGCACCGUCAAGCGCACCGUCAAGUGCUCGCUCGGCUGGUUGUCCUGGCUUGUGGGCAAGGGGGCUCGUGGAGAUCCUCAUCAGGGUCUUCAGGCUCCCUUCAGGCUCCAUAUCACCUAUCAUAGUACCAGUGAUGUACUAGCAGACAUACUUAGAGACACAC